GCCGCCGCGCUGCCUCCUUUCUCGGUGUCCCGGCGGGUGGGGCAUCCCUACCAGAACCGGACGCCGCCGAAGCGGAAGAAGCCGCGGACGUCGUUCUCUCGGGCGCAGAUCGGGGAGCUGGAGCGGCGCUUCCUCCGGCAGAAGUACCUGGCCUCGGCGGAGCGGGCGGCCCUGGCCAAGACCCUCCGGAUGACCGACGCCCAGGUCAAGACCUGGUUCCAGAACCGACGCACCAAGUGGAGGCGGCAGACGGCGGAGGAGCGCGAGGCGGAGCGGCAGCAGGCCAAUCGUCUGAUGCUUCGCCUGCAUCAGGAGGCCUUCCAGAAGGGCCUGACCCCGCCGGGGCCCCCCCACCCGGACCGGCUCUGCCUCCACAACUCCUCGCUCUUCGCCCUCCAGAACCUGCAGCCCUGGGCCGAAGAGGAAGAAGAGGAGGAGCAGCGCAGGGCCUCGUCCCUCUCGGCCGCUCUCCUCUGAGCCCCAGGCGCCGAGGGACGAGGAGGGAAGGGGGGCUCCCAGAGACUUUUGCUGCCCCCUCCCCACUAAUUUUUACUGACUGGUUCUUCUUCUUCCCACAAUAAAGUCUCCCACGUCUUUGCCGGUCCGUCUUCGCCUCCCCUCCGCCGAGACCCCGGGGCCAAAAGGGAAGGGGCUUCGGUGCCAGCACUGCCAUCGGGGGAUGGGGGACAGGAGAGGCCCCCUCUUCAGCCUUGAACGCCACCCUCAAUCUCGGGGGAGGGUCCUUGGGGGAGGAGGAUCCCAGAGCCCCGGCUGUUGGCGGACCCCUUCCCCUUGGCCCAGACCCCUCCAGAGCGCGCGGGGGGGGGGGGUGGGGGGGGGAGGCAUCACAGUCCCACCCCUGCAGGAGUGGAGGUGGCAGUUCGCCCCCCAGGGAUGGUAAGACCCGCGAGCGGCGGAAUGGGGGGGCAGGCUCGAGGGGCAGUCACAGUCCAGGGGCCGCAGGGGUCCGUCGGGCUGGAGGCCGAGCCCAGGCUCCAGGAGAAGGCUGCC